CUUCAUCUUCAUCUUCUCCUUCUUCUUCUCUUGAUCACCUCACCUCUCCCUCUCCUUCGAGAUUCGCUGCUGCUGCUGGUCUUUGGACUCGAUUCGAUUCGAUUCGAUCUGAUCCGACGGCGCGAGGGGGGGAUGUAAACUGCCGACUUGUCCUUCCCCACAAAGGUCAAAGGCGCUCUCCGUCGAGGGUCUAAUCGCCGCAGUGGACUGGCAUCUGCUGUUAUAAUUAGCUUAUGAACUGAACAGAGGGUAAGCGCCUGUGCUUUCUUGGGGACUCGGAAAUGUUGGACGGCGGUCAGAAGUUUCCUGGAAUUAUUGGUCUGAAGAACCAUGAUAACAACUACUAUGAUAUGUCCCAAGGAUUCUAUCAUAAGCUCAGCGAGGGUUCCAACAUGUCGAUUGAGAGCUGUGGAAGCCUGCAAACCAGCAAUGGUGGAGGUUCUGUUGCGAUGUCCAUAGGUAACAGCAGCGUUGAUUCCAGCGAUUCCCAUACUCGCAUGCUGAAUCACCAAGGCCUGAAACGGCGUGCCAAUGACAACUAUUCCGUUCAACAGAGUGUGAAUAGAGGAAGACCCACGCAUGCUUUGAGCGAUGAUGCGUUGGCCCGAGCUCUUAUGGAUAACAGUUCCCCAACCUUGGGGCUUGAAAAUUUCGACGAGUGGACUAUCGAUCUGAGGAAACUCAACAUGGGUGCACCUUUUGCGCAAGGGGCUUUUGGAAAGCUCUACAGAGGUACUUACAAUGGCGAGGAAGUCGCCAUCAAGAUCUUGGAGAGGCCAGAGAACGAUCUAGAGAGGGCGCAGCUGAUGGAACAACAGUUUCAGCAAGAAGUCAUGAUGUUGGCCACACUGAGGCAUCCUAACAUUGUCCGAUUCAUUGGUGGAUGCCGUAAGCCAAUGGUCUGGUGCAUCGUUACAGAAUAUGCGAAAGGAGGUUCAGUUCGGCAGUUUUUGAUGAAACGGCAUAAUCGGGCCGUUCCGUUGAAAUUGGCAGUCAGACAGGCUUUGGAUGUUGCUAGGGGAAUGGAGUAUGUCCACGAGCUUAGUUUCAUCCACAGAGACUUAAAGUCCGACAAUCUACUAAUUUUCUCUGAUAAAUCAAUCAAAAUUGCUGAUUUUGGGGUUGCUCGAAUUGAGGUCCAGACCGAAGGAAUGACACCCGAGACAGGGACUUACCGUUGGAUGGCUCCGGAGAUGAUCCAGCACAGGCCCUACACUCAGAAAGUGGAUGUAUAUAGUUUCGGAAUUGUCCUGUGGGAACUAAUCACAGGAAUGCUUCCCUUCCAAAACAUGACCGCUGUGCAGGCUGCGUUUGCAGUUGUCAACAAAGGUGUCCGCCCAAUCAUCCCCGGAGAUUGUCUACCUAUCCUCAGCGACAUUAUGACUAGAUGCUGGGAUGCCAACCCAGAUGUCAGGCCUCCUUUCACCGAAGUGGUGAGAAUGCUUGAGAAUGCGGAGACUGAAAUCAUGACGACGGUUCGCAAGGCUCGCUUCAGGUGUUGCAUGACCCAACCGAUGACUAUCGAUUGA